CCUGGGGCGGGGGGCGUGGGCCGCCGCGCCCGCCCUCCCGGCCGCGGCCCGGCCCCUUUAAGCGCAGGCCCCGCCCGGCCCGAGCCGCCGCCGCCAUCAUGAUCUGCCUGGUGCUGACGGUGCUCGCCCACCUCUUCCCGGCGGCCUGCGCCGGCGUGCACGAGCGCACCUUCCUGGCGGUGAAGCCCGACGGUGUGCAGCGGCGGCUCGUGGGCGAGAUCGUGCGGCGCUUCGAGAGGAAAGGCUUCAAGCUGGUGGCGCUGAAGCUGGUGCAGGCCUCGGAGGAGCUGCUGCGCGAGCACUACGCCGAGCUGCGCGAGCGCCCCUUCUACGGCCGCCUGGUGGACUACAUGGGCUCCGGGCCGGUGGUGGCCAUGGUGUGGCAGGGGCUGGACGUGGUGCGCGCCUCUCGGGCCCUCAUCGGCGCCACGGACCCGGCCGACGCGGCGCCCGGCACCAUCCGCGGGGACUUCUGCGUCGAGGAACGUGAUCCACGGCAGCGACUCGGUGGAGAGCGCCCGCCGCGAGAUCGCGCUCUGGUUCCGCGGCGACGAGCUGCUGUGCUGGGAGGACAGCGCCGGGCACUGGCUGUACGAGUAGCGCGGCCCGCGGGCCCCAGGGGCCUCCGGUCCGCAACCCGCGCGGAAAAGAACCUGGGCCGGCGCUCACGCAGGCCGGCACUUCUGUUUACAAUAAAGUGAAGUCCUUGUGCUCGCGUUGGUCCGGGCCCAGGGACACAGCACAGAG